CAAUGCAUGCGGCUCGCUAUAUAGACAAAUUUCCAGCAUUAGUGAUAUAUGAUCAGUUUGUUGAAGAAGCCCAGAGAGUAUUGAAAGUGGAAAACUUAAGGAAGGUAGCAUUUGACAGGUGGACAGAUGUGCAACCAUGCAUUCUUGAUUUGGGCAAAAGAGAAAGACAAAAAAAAAGUAUCUCGGACAUAUUCUCUACAAUGGAUUCUGAAGGUAUUUGUCAAAAUACUACUGUGAUAAUUGUCAAUUUUUUAGAAUACAAUAAUAUACUGCCAAUGAUACUAUUAGUAUAUUUAGUUCCAUCUGAUAGUCGUCAAAAAGUAGACCAUGAAGCUAUCAUUUCUUUUAUACCUGCAUCAGUAGAUAUUAAAAGAACCGCAACAUCAGUUCAUUCCCCUACACCAACUCUUCUUUGUUGUUUGGAAUUAAAAAAAUCGAUUCUAGUAGUGGACAAAACUGUGGUUUUGGAGCUGCCGAUAGAGGAGAGUGCAAUAGCCUUACUGAUAUCAUAUUACAACUUUAAUAUAGGUUAUCCUAAAGGAUUUCACCGUUACUUUAUGCUACUUGAGAUGCUACUACUUGAUAUCAAACAAGCUAAAGUUGAUCGAAAAGUCCAAACUAUUUUGUCCUGUCUUCACAAGUCGUCAGCUAGUAUUGAACCCUAAACUGAAAGAAAUAAUUAAUUAUGGUAUAAACUAUUAUAGGCACUUUUACUAUGUCACUUAUAGAAAUAAACUUUAUUGAGAUACUUUUAUACAUAGAGACUUAUUUAUAGGUACUUUUUAGACACUUUCAUUGAUCUUUUAUUGUUAGAUUUAUAGUAUUUAUUUUUUAAAUAUUUUUUGUUUAUUUGAACUAUCCACUGUGCAAAUGUUGCGGAACCACUA